UGGAUUAUUACUUCCUUUUAAUUGAGAACAUUGUGAUAUCUGAUUAUAGUUCAUUGUACAAGUUACCUUGUUAGACCUUGGUCCCAGAUUCGCAAUAUGUCGUCUGAUCGUACUCCUAAGUACCGGCAGGAGAUCCAGCAGAUGAUGUUUGUAUCUGGAGAAACUGCUGAGCCUUCAAUUGAGACCACCACCCUUAUAGAAGAUAUUGUGCGACAGCAAGUAGUCGAGCUUCUUGCUCGCAGUACUGCCUUAGCUACUCGCCGUGGUGUCAGAUCCAUAUCUACUGAUGAUUUGAUCUUUUUGAUUCGUCACGACAAGGCUAAAGUGUCGCGUUUGAAGACAUUUCUGUCAUGGAAAGAUGUCCGGAAGAAUGUGAAAGACUCUGACGACAAGGGCGGCGCUGAUGCGGCUGACUUUGCCGGGGCCGAUGACCCUAUGGCUGGUGGCGUCGUUGCAGGUCCCCAGGAUGUUGCAUCUAAGCCCAAGAACAAAAAAGCGCGUGUUGGGCUUGCUUGGGACGUCAAUAGCUUCUACUCAGUCCAAGUUCCAGAGAGAGAUGACGAAGAAGAUGAAGAAGAGGAGGAGCAAAACUAUGCUACCCUCCAGCGUCUUGCCGCUGCAGACGAGCGGACCAAACACAUGACUAGAGAAGAAUACGUUUUCUGGUCCGAAUGCCGCCAGGCAUCGUUCACAUACCGCAAGAGUAAGCGGUUCAGAGAAUGGGCUGGGUUUGGGAUUGUUACCGAAUCGAAGCCCAAUGAUGAUAUCGUCGAUAUUCUCGGCUUUUUGACCUUUGAGAUUGUGCAGACUCUUACCGAAGAAGCGCUCAAGGUCAAGGAACGCGAAGACCGCGAGAAAAACCGCCGUGGAGGAGCAGAAAACAGCGCAGAAGAUACAAAGAAACGCAAGCGCGAGACGGGGCUCUUCGAUCCUCCUGAGGAGGGCCGUACGCCUGUGGAGCCGAGACACAUUCGCGAGGCGUACCGCAAGCUGCAAGCUACUCCGAACAAGAACAUUGCGAUGCUCCUUCAUAAUGGCCGUCUGCCAGCGCGAAUGCCUCUUCGAUUGUUUUUGAUGGGACUGAGCAUUUGA